CUUGGCCUCCUCCCCCCGCUGCUGUGUGUGUGGACGGACUGAACAUUCCUCAUCUUCCUGGGCACGAUAGCAGAGGAACGCGGCGACGAAACGAGCCGAAGACACGACGGAUUCACACACCUCACGAGACUUCCCAUGAGCACCUAAGGUCGAUGUUGGGUCGCGGUGUGAAGCGGAAGUGGAGCUGCCUGGAGGAGCUGGAGGCCGAGAGCCUCCCUGCUGCUGCAGAGAAGGAGAAGAAUGGGGAGGAAGGAGGGGGAGAUGAGGAUGGGUUCCUCGUGGGUCCGUCCAAAUCCGACAUGAGCCACCUGCAGCAGCGUCAGCUGGUGCUCGGCCUGUGCAUGGAGAAGCUCCAGGGCUACCAGGCCGGGAUGGAGCUCAGCCUGCGUCGCUCAGUGCUGCUCAUCAAUACGCUCAGGCAGAUCCAGGAGGACAUGCAGAGCGACGGGGUGGGAACCUGCACAUCCCAGGUACUCCUGAACGGCGUCCACCCUGACUCCAGGCCUGUUACGUGCCCUGGGUGUGCAGAGAGUGAUGAUGGGGACCUGUCUCUGUCACCGCCACUUUCCCCAGAAUUCCCCUCUCAGGAGGCAAACAGCACGGCCGACCAGCAGAAAUCACUACCUGCUGCGGCGAUCCACACUUUUAGUGAUGCAGUAAACGCCAUGGGCUACCUCAGCGACCUCGCCCUGGACGACAUCUUUGAGGACAUUGACACAUCAAUGUACGAGACUUCAGAACUGCCCUCUGCCUGGGUGGCAGGCUCCCUGUGGCCGAUCAGCGUGUCGCUUUGGACGGACGAGGAUGUGAAAAUGCGCUCUCCUAGCCACGCCUCGACUGGGAGUCUGCAGUCAUGUCUGAUGGACCUGAAUGAGCUGGACCACAUCAUGGAGAUUCUGGUGAAGUCCUGAUCACCAAUACAAACUACUGCACAUGGAUCAAGGAUCAGGGUCUGAUCACAGCCGCUCCAGCUCAUAGUGGAGGCUGGGAACAACGACUGAUUUGAGGGUCCUUUGAUUUUUAAGGCUCCAUCUGAUAUUCUAGUUGAAAAAGUGUUUUAGGGUUAACUUAUUCAUAAGGAACCAUCUAACAUCUUGAGUUAAGUACAUGAACUUGUGCUUCAAAUUAGACACAAAUAUUUGUUAUAGCAGAUGAAUAAUCCAGUUUAAAAUGUCUCUUUAGGAAACAUGAAGGAAACAUCCACUCUUAAACACUUUUAUACUGUUUUAGGUUGUUAUAACUCAGGUGGAUAACUGGCCAAACACACUUUAAGUUAUUAUAUUAUUGUUGACAUUCAACAAGGAGAAAUGCUUUCUUGAACAGACAGAGAGACCAAUUCCUGGAGUCACAAUAGCAGGACACAGAUCAGAUAGCUCUGCGGCUUCAGCACAGGUUGUGUUUUGAGUAGUGGGUCGAUAAUCUGUAGUAAAAGUAGAUGAGGCACGUCUAGACAAAGUCGGUACACCAAAAGUACAUCACAACACUUGUAAGGUAACAGUGAAAGAGCGUCUAAGGUGGAUUUUUUUCUUAAUUUGGUUAAACUGUAAAUGCAGAUGAAGCCUUGAAAUGUCCAGUCUCUCAGUGUGUAUGCCACUUUUCUCAUAUGUUUUAUUAGGUUUGAGUAAAGGCCACAUCUCUGAGUGAAACCCACAGCUGAGGAAGAAGGAACCUGAGCUGCCAUGGUUUGGGACGCACACGCUCAGGCUGUUGAGAUCAGACCCAGGUUGAUUAUUAAUUGAAAUCCCUUCAAUUACUCAAAAGGGUGUGUGCUUCAGCCAGCCAGGAGGGCAAAGGCCGGGUUUUCCUUUCAGUAUUGAGACUAAAUGUUUUUUUAUCGCUCCAUGUAGGAUCUUUAAAUUAGACAUCAGCCCAAAAUCUUUGUGGCUGUGUUCAUGCAGUAGUCAGAGGGUGGUGAGUCUUUAUAUUUGGGCUUGUGAAAAGGAGAACGUGGCCACUGAAUUUGGGGAUUUACCAGCCAAAGAAACAACUUUCCAAUCCCUGGAGGAGAAUGCCACGUUCACAUCGCUUCACAAGAAGCGGGAAAAAGAUGACAUCUUGUUGAUCCGUUAGAGAAACGGUGAAAUGUAAAUCUGUUUAUCUAAUAUUAUUCUUAUUUAUGAAUGAAAAAAACAAACAACAACCACAAGCUGCAGCAGAUAUU